AUGGAACAGGAAUCGGAGAAAUCACCGAGACAGUCACCAACAAAGACUGAUUUUCAAAUACGAAAUGAAGAUUUUCCAACAUUGCAAAGUACUUUAUCAUCAAGGGGCAAACGACGUGGUAAGAAUAAGGGCAAGUCAAGGAGAAUUACAGAUAACCCAAGUAAGACUAUGGGUAAGCCAAGUGAAACUAUAAGCGAAGCAAGUAGGAUUAUGGGCGAGCCAAGUGGAAUUGCAAGCGAAUCAAGUAAGAUUAUGGGUGAGCCAAGUGGAACUGUAACUGUUGGCGAGCCAAGUGGAAUUGCAAGCGAAUCAAGUAAGACUAUGGGCGAGCCAAGUGAAACUGUAGGUGAACCAAGUAAGACUGUUGGUGAGCCAAGUGCAGUUAUAAGUGAUCCAAGUAAGAUUAUGAGCAAGCCAAGUGGAAUUAUAAAUGAUCCAAGUGGAGCUGUAAACGAGCCAAGUAGAAUUAGGAUGCCAGUAGCAGGGACUUCCACUUUACAGGAUUUUCAACCUGAAUCAAAACCAAAAAUAGAGAUAUAUCCGGAUGGUACUGUAACUAAUAUCCCAUCAACUAUGUUAACUGAUCAAUUUGGAAUGAUCGGAUAUUUGUCUGCUUAUCGAGGAAUGCAACUUGAUUCAGCACUUUCAACAGUUCUGAUUGGUGAAAAUCCAUUAGAAAUUGGUUUAGGCAUGAAUUCUAAGCUUGAAGUACCAGAUCCAAGUGGACAUGGCAGACGCGAAAUUCAUCAAAAUUAUGGUGGACCAUGGGCAAAAAGGCCGAAUCAUGCACCACACAUUGAGGUUAAGAUACCGGAAGUGUAUAAGUUGAAUUCAUUGAUUGGCGACAAAUUAGCACAAAUGAAAUUUUCACUGCUAGAAGAAGAUGCAUUAUUUUACAUAUUUUAUAAUUAUCCGGGUGAGCAAUAUCAAAUUGCUGCUGCUUAUGGGCUGUAUGGAAAAGAAUGGCGUUACCAUAAAGUGGAACGUUUAUGGGUGAGACGUUUCAGUUAUGAAAGUGUUACUGAACAGACAAAUACAUUUGAGAAAGGAACGUAUUAUGUGUUCGAUUCAGUACACUGGAGAAAAAUGCCGAGGAAGAUGACAAUAGAAUACAAAGAUCUCGAGAGCAGAGUAGAAAUACCACCGGAUAUGAGACAUUUAUUUGACUAA